UUUUUGCAAUAAAUGGUGCAAUAAAAAAAAUUAAGCUCAUUUCCGUAGAGCUAUAAAGAAAACUCUUGUCACUGUAAAAGUCGAUUAACUGCAACAGCCAGGAAACAACUGAAAGCAACACUAGAGGAAAAAACAAAACUCAAGCAAUGGAAGAAAGAACAACUCCAUUUUUUAUUAUCAAUUCAAGCGGGGAGCUAAGGUCUGUAACAUCAUCCAAGACUAUUCUGGUUGCACGUUUGUUAGGUUUUUGGCAUGCAUAGCAUAUUGAUGCUCAUACAAGGAUAAUCACAAGCCAAUGAGAACAUAACUGGCCAAGAAAACUUACUGGAGUUUACUAGCGGCCAAAAGCUAGAAACACUGAUGACCUUUAAGAGAUGGAACUGCAAGCAUGCCCCAGUUACUGAUUUAUAAUGGUACACAAAUCAUGGAUCCCGCCAAGGUUAACCUCAUUGGAGAUUACGAAUUCAAAUUCCCGACACUAAGGUAUAGGCAUUGAUCAUUCUCCAUGGUCAGCAUCCCACCAGGAAACGCUAUAGGAUCUCGGGGUUUCCUCCUUUCACUGGAAACAAUAAUGUUUAUGGAGGAAAGGCGUUCAUGUUUUACUCACAAGUUACUUGGAUGUGGAGUCGACCACAGUUCGCAUCUCUUACAGUAUAAAAACAAACGAAUCCACCAAACUACUAGAACAGUUCCAUCAACGACCUCGCCGACAAUUGUUGCAACCAACAAUCCAAGUAGAAGUGAAAUGAUUUUCCUUUGUAAGCUCUUGUUAGCGAUGGGCUUUUCCGCUGUAAGUGCCAUGCCAAAAGCAGCGGAGACUACCCGUUCGAAUGAUAGAGAGCUGCAAGGAUCAAUCGCAUUAAAUGGCGGAAGACUACGACAAUCGUCUAUCAAUAGCACUAAAAUCGGAGACAACCAACGUACAACAACAAGUGCUAUUCCCGAUAACUCGCUUCUCAAAGGAAACGCUCAGGUCACCAAAUUACCAAGCCAAUCACCCAUCGAUAUCAUUACUGGCAAAGCCAUCGACGCAGAUUAUGCUUCUUUUCAUUUCGGAAAUUACGAAAAGAUUUUUCCUGAAAGCUUAAAGAACAAUGGGGAAACCGUCAAGUUGAAAAUUGAGACGGAUGAUUUGGAUGAACAUAAUCUCCCUUUCAUUUCUGGUGGAGGGCUGUUCGGCCGUUACAGAUUCGAACAACUUCAUUUCCAUUGGGGUGAAGGCUCGCGGGGUAGUGAGCACAGAAUUGAUGGCAAACAAUAUGCUGCCGAAUUGCACAUCGUUCACUACAAUGCUAAAUACGAAAAUAUAAUGAAAGCUUCUGGCGAAAAGGAUGGGGUAGCUGCUCUAGCCAUCCUAAUUGAGUUGCAAGCUAGAGACAACAAAGUUUUUCGUCAUCUUCAGCAGUUUGAAGCAAUAAUUGAUCCUACUGAGAACGAUAGCGAUAAACUAGAUGUUCCUUUCCCACUGGAUGAUCUUCUUCCCGAUAGCACUGAAAGCUUCUUUCGUUACAAUGGAUCGUUGACCACACCAGUGUUUACUGAAGGCGUCAUCUGGACGGUUUUUGAUACUCCAAUUGCCAUUUCGAAAGGCCAGUUGGCAAAAUUUAGAUUACUUCUGGAUAAGCAAGGAAACCGGAUCAGAGAAAAUGUGCGGGAAAUUCAGGAGUUGAAUGAUAGAGAGAUAUUUUACCGUGCGGAGCAAGAUGCGGAAGACAACGACUUACCAGAUGACGACGAACGAUUCAGUCGUGAUUCCUAGUGACAAAUGACCCGAGGUUUAAAGGAAGAAUGCAAAACUGCCCGUUGUUUUCGAACUGUGUUCCUAGAAGCAGAAGAACUAGCGAGUUAAAAAAUAUGCUUUAUAGAUAAAUUCAUGUGUACCUGUUUUCGAAAAUGAGCAUCACACGUUUCCCUUCUCUAGUUCUUCUAACAAACUACUGAAGAUUCUCAUGAAGCGGUUUUGUACAAGCUGUAAAAUAAAUCAUGCUGUUGCCAUAUUGUCUAUA